ACUUUGUUCAAAUGGCUUUUGACGUUUGAAAUCAAAGUUCGGUCUAAUUACCCAAAGAUAAUGAAAUGCUACGUACAUCCAACGACGUUUCUUUUGGAAUGAGAAUAAAGCUUCUAUUUACCGUUAGAUUCGAGCGGCAAUCAAUAGACAUUGCAGUCAGUCACCUUCCGUAUAGACACAGAGGAGAAGCGCCAAUCACGGAUCCACUAGCCCUUUGGUUAUUGUUAAGGUUGGAGAAGAUUCCCCUGGAUUACCUUUUCUCACAGAUAUAAUGCAGAACAUCAGCUGUUCCCAAUAAUUUACGGCAUGCUGACGCGGACAGGGACCGUUGUCCGGAAGAAUCGCCGACGUUCCAGCGGAAGGGGGACUUGUCGACGUGGAUCCGCGCCCACCGUACUUCAGGCAGGCUGUGUCCCACCCUCUUCUCCCCGUAGGCACCUCUCAAACACACGGACGUAUCUAACACCCCAACCCUCGCCUUCAAAAAGUGUCGCAUUCAGCUUUGAGAGUGAAAGAAAAUUAUGCUACUCUCCUGAUGUUUUGUCAAGCCGCCGACAAUCAAGCAACAUUAACAGUCCUUGUGAUAAACCACAGUACUAUGGAAGCUUUGUCCUUUGGACUGACCCCGCGGAAGGAAACUCGCUGUCUGUGUAUGUUGGACUUGUGGAAGCAUGUGAUGAGGCCGGAAAUCCUUGCGACUUUGUACAUAGAGCUUUUAUCAUUUUUGGACGAACUGUCCCUGCUACUGUUUUUCUCGGAUUACUUUUAGCCUUGCCUGUUACCAUGAUAAUUAUAGGAGUGAAGUAUUUAGAGGAAUGUCCACGAGAACCCAAAAUUCCAAUAUAUCUAUUGGUGGGCGGAUGUUUUGGGGGAUUAAAACUCUUAAUGCUCAUGUGCAAGCAGGCCCGGAAGUUACGUGAUGAUGACGACGAUACAAUACGCGAUGAUUCUGAACUGAUGACUUUGACUAAGGUGACACACGUGUGUCUUACAUUAUUUCUGUGCGUUUGGUUUGUGUUUGGAAACUUCUGGUUGUUUGGGCUUGGGGUUCCAAAAUUCAAGGCGCCAUUGCACGAACCGAAGAACUGGUGCGACAGAAUGGUGUUCAAUUUUGCGCUAUGGCAGAUUGUCAUCUGUCAUAUUUUACUUGGUGUGAUGUUUAUUUUUUGUGUCUCAUUCUGUCUGUGUUUCACUUUUGUUAGAUAUAAAAAGGAUAUUGAGAAGGGGUGAUUUGAAAUAAGAACAUUGUGCUGUUGUUUUGUGUACCAGGUAUUUAAUGAAUGUCGUAUUAUUAUGUCGCAAAUUGAAUGAUCUCAGGAGGCAAUUUUUACCAUUCAAAAAGUACCUCACUUCU